CGGGCUGUGCCCGCCCCGCCGCCCAUUGUCCUCCCCGCCGUGUGAGCGGGGCCGGCCGCGGAGCGUCCCCGCCGCCCGCCCGCCCGCCCUCCGCGGGUGCUGAGUCACGGCGCUGCGCUGCCCGCCCCGGCAGGUGCCGCGGGGCUUCGCCAUGGGGACGGACAGCGCCCGCGCCCUGCUGGAGCGGGCGGCCACCCUCAACCUGCAGACCGGCAACCUGCUCAGCUGGGGCUGCGGCCGCAAGAAGUGCCCGGCCACCCCCAGCGAGGAGGUGCGGGACUGCAUUCAGAAAACGCUGACUGAAUGGAGCUCAAAGAUAGGACAAGAUCUGAAUCAGGAAAUACUGGAAGUUCUGGAAUGUACUGUAGCUCAAGCUGUAGAAAAAAUGAAUCCUGAGGAAAGGGAUGAGUUGAAAGUAUCAGCAAAACUUUUCAUCGUUGGAUCAAACUCAUCAUCAGUCAGAGAUGCAGUUGACAUGGCAUGUUCAGCCCUUGGAGUUGCUCAGUUAGAUUCAGUCAUUAUUGCCCCGCCUCCUAUUGAAGAUGGAACUAGCCUCUCCUUGGAGUAUUUGCAACCUUAUUGGCAAGAACUUGAAACUCUAGUUCAGAACAAAAAGAUUGUUGCCAUAGGUACCUCUGACCUUGAUAAAGCAUUGUUAGAGCAGCUGUAUGUGUGGGCACAGGUGAAACCAAGUAGUAAUCAGGUGAACCUAGCUUCCUGUUGUGUGAUGCCACCUGAUCUCACAGCAUUUGCAAAGCAGUUUGACAUACAGCUGCUAACUCACAAUGACCCAAAAGAAUUACUUUGUGAAGCAAGCUUCCGAGAAGUUCUUCAGGAAAGCAUCCAGAACGUCAAAGCACACGAAUGGAUUCCUUUAUGGAUUCUCCGAUAUUCAGUCAUUGUUAAAAGCAGAGGAAUUAUCAAGUCCAAAGGCUAUAUCAUGCAAGCUAAAAGAAUUGCCUCUUAAAACACUCUCAUCCUUUUUUUCUUCUUUGAAAUGGCCUACUGUUUUAAUUUCUUGGGGAUGGGGGAACAUUGUUUUUUCCUAGAGAGAUUUUUACAGCAUUUAUAACAAAGACCAAAAGUUGUAAUUAUUCAGUGUGAUGUUAGCAGGAGUGUCUGCAGUGUUCUAACACUAUUUUUCUUUCUUAACCUAUUAACCAGUUCAUUAAAAAUAUGAAAUAUUUUGGGUUUAUUGUUUUUAAUUGAAAUGAUCUAUAAGAAACAGUUCAAAAUAUUUCUUUGUAUGACCAGUUCACUGUAAAAGUUAUCAUAUUUUAGCUACCAUUAGGUAGUAUAGAGAAACAGAUAUAUUUUUAAAAUUUAAUUUCUAUUAAAUAAUAGUUAUUGAUAUGGUAGGUACCUAGAUUUAAAGCAUUCAAGGACUAGUUUUUAUAGAAAAUUGUCAUAUUUCAUGAAAAAAUAUUCUGAAAAAAAUAAACUAUCUUGUUACUUCAUGUGUAUGUACAGGUAAAUCAGCUAUUUAAUUUGUGUGGAUGGGAAAAUUGGUUUAUUUUUAAUACUGUGUAAGAGACCUCUGAUUUAGAAAAGACGCAUCUUCCAAAUUACUUUCUAUUACUUGAAUUCCUUCUGGCUUCUUUGUGCCUCAAUAUUGUUUUAGUGUUUGCACAAGUGAUGACAUCUUUACAGUUUGAAAUAGAAAAUGUUUUAUUGUGUGAGUGUUUAAAAUAAGAACUGGAAACAAAUGAUGAGAAAUCUGUUAAUCAGAAUUCAAAUUGUACCUGGCGUGUCCUCAGCUGUUUGGUGUUAUCUUUUUGUUUUUUUGAUACUUGGAAACUACGCAAUUGGAAUCAGUCGAGUGAGAACAUGUUUGCUGCAUGAUCAUGUAAAAUGGAUUAUUAUUUUGGGGUUGCCUAGGAAACUUCCUUGCUUGAGUGCCAUUCAGAAAUGAUGCUAGCAAGGGUUCGUUAAACUUAGGUAUAUUUCUGUUUGGCAGUAGCUUAAUGCACUGGCUUUGGUAUCUUGGGGAGAUUGCUGCAGCUAAGGCAAGGCUUCUGGUUUAAAAAUAGUCUUUCUAUUGAAAAUGCCUUUUAAUUUGCUUAGCAUUUUAAUCAGACUAUAUUACAGAAGCUCAAACUGUAUUUCAGCAUGGGCUCUAAGUGUCUAAAAUCAAAUACUCCUUUUCCUUUUGAUUUCAGGUAGGAGUAGGGCUUUAUACUGUUAGUGGGUAACUUAUUUGUACAUAUUUUGAGCUUCAGACUGUAAGGAAAUAAAUCUUCACCAACGUCUUUUAAAUUCUGUUGUGCAGCAGCUAGUAGAAUUUGAAUGCUUUUAGGCACUGUCUAGAAAUAUUAGCUUACUAUAAACCAUUCCACUAAGUUAAAAUACAAAUUUUAAUAAAGAUACCUUUGAGUCCUUAAUCAUCUUAUCUGUAUGUGGCAAACUCUAGGAAAUUCUCAUGAAUUACUUCAAUUGUUUUGAUAAAUAAGAGGGAGAGAACUAGAACUAGUAAUGUACCAAUAAAAUGUUUAUUUUUUUCUCCUAA